UAUUUUCGAUUUUGAUUUCGGUUUCCAUUUUGUUGCGUGGUGUUUGCAUUUGCAUAACUCCACGCUAAAAUGUGGCAUUGCGCAUGCGCCCAAAGCUGCUAAGGAUAUGCGAAUUCUGUGAGAAAUUGUCAGCUGAAUCACAAUUUAUAUGAACAUGCGGCUAAUUGGCUAGCUUAAAAGGCAAAACUAAGAGUGAAACACAAAAGAAAAAUUCAAUCUUUCAAAUAAUAACCAUUCAGUUCUUUGGAUUAGCAGCAGAGCAAACGCAGUUCUUAUUGUAAAACUUGAAUUAUGGGCUUAGAAAAACAUUAUUUGAGAUAUGGACGUACGGCGAGGGAUCACCUGCUUGACUGGGCCAGCUGUGGGCGUGCUUCUCGGCGACAGCAACAACAACAACAACAGCAACAGCUGCAGCCACAACAACAACAACAACAGCCGCAAGGGUCAACAAGCACGGGGCGGCGUUCACGCCCUCAUGUAACACACAGAGGAACGCCGCUAUCCAUGUUAAUAUCUCAUGGCGUUAAGAUAAGCAACAAUAGACUAGCUGUGAUAAUUAUUGGUAUAGUUACAUUAAUCUUAGGCAUAGUUUUAUCAUCCAUACCAUGGCUGGAUUAUUUUAUACUGAAGAAUUUAAGGCUGUGGAAUGAUACCUUGAGCUAUCAUUAUUGGCAGAGACCCGGCGUUAUACGCCUGACCAAGGUCUAUAUCUACAAUGUUACCAAUCCGGAUGGCUUCCUCAGCGGCGAGAAGCCCAAGCUGCAGGAGGUGGGUCCGUUCGUCUACAGGGAAGACAUGGAGAAGGUGAACGUCAAGUUCCACGAGAACAACUACACGGUGUCAUAUCAGCAUAAGAAAAUCUUACAAUUUGUUCCUGAACUGAGUGUCGAUAAGAAUACGCCCAUAGUUACGCCCAACAUACCCAUGCUGACCCUCACAAGCCUGAGCCCCAAGCUGGGCUAUCUGCUGUCCAAGACGAUAUCCAUAGUGCUGACGGCUGCCAAGCUGAAGCCCUUCAUCAAUGUGACUGCGGAUCAGCUGGUGUUUGGGUAUGAUGACGCGCUGGUCAGUCUGGCGCAUAAGUUCUACCCGAAGCACAUGCGGCCCAUGGAGAAAAUGGGCCUGCUGCUGGGACGGAAUGGCACACUGACCGAGGUGUCCAGCAUUAAGACGGGCUAUCAGGGCAUGGAGCAGUUUGGCUACAUUGACUCGCUGAAUGGCAUGGAUCAUCUGCCGCACUGGAACGAGGAGCCCUGCACGAGCAUAGCCGGCUCGGAGGGCUCGUUCUUUCCGCCGCGGGACAUAACCAAAUCGGAUGUGGUGCACAUCUACGACAAGGAUCUGUGCCGCAUUAUUCCGCUCAAGUAUGUGGAGCGUGUGGAGAAGGACGGCCUGGCCGCAGAUCUCUACCGGCUGCCCAACAACUCGUACGGCGAUUCGAGGAACAAUCCCGAAAAUAAAUGCUACGACACGAAUGACUAUGAAGCCGUGAGGGGCCUGCAGAACAUCAGUCCAUGUCAGUAUGGCGCGCCCGUCUACAUAUCCAAUCCGCACUUCUACGAAUCAGAUCCGCAGCUGCUUGACGCAGUCGAAGGUCUCGAGCCGCAGCGCGAAAAGCACGAAACCUACUUCAAAAUACAACCGAAACUUGGAGUGCCGCUGGAGGGCAAGGUGCGCAUACAGCUCAAUCUGAAGGUGACGCGCGCCCCGGACGUGCAUCCAGUGCGUGAUUUUCGUGACUUCAUGUUCCCCGUCAUGUGGCUGGAGGAGGGCAUCUCGGAGCUGACGCCCGCUAUCAAGGGCUGGCUGUACCUGGCCACGGUCAUAGCACCGCACGCGGUGCCCAUUGGCUCCUAUCUGAUGAUCGUGGGCGGCGCCUCGGCUGUCAUUUUCAGCUUUGUGCGUGCCUAUCAGAACUUUGUGUUCGCACGCGAUCCCUCGCUCGAGAUACUCGAGAUGGGCAGACGCUCGCUGCGACGCGGCAGCAGCUUCAUUGCCCAUCAGCAGCACAAGCUGCUGCUCCAUCAGCGGGACAGCUACGCGCUGCUGCGCACCCAUAUGCCGCAUGCCAUGACCGCCUGCCUCGAUCCGGAGCGAGACAGGGACGAUGUCCAGCCGAUAAUUGAUUGUGCGGCGGGCAAUCAGGAAGCUUAGCUAUAAUUAAUGUGUGCAUCUCUGUAAGUGUAUGAGUGUGCGAGUGUGUGUGUUCGAGUGUGUGUCUGUCUGUUUAUUAGCAUUAGUCACAUUCCGGCCGAAAUCGUGGCAUAAACAGCUGCCAAAUGGCUAAGCAAACAGAACGGUUUCGUUGUUACAGGGUAUUCUUUAGUCGAUUCACUUCAUUUGCACAUCUGAGCCACAAUUUCACAAUUCAUUUUCUUGCAACCAAAUGCCAAAUCGGGUUUGCUAGUUA